AAUGAGUGGAACAGAUGAAGGGUAUGUAUGAAAUUGAUUUUUUUGUAGCAGCUUAGAUGAUUUUGAGGAUCAGGAAUGUUGUAUCAAGACCUCUGUUAAUAUGAGUUUGUCUGACAGACUCAAAUAAUAGGCUUUGGAUGUUCAUAAGAUGUUACAACAACUAGAAAAGGAGUUCGCAUAGGAGGAUUGCCAAACAUAUUAUAUUUUGAGCAAGAAGUAUUUAAAUACAUAAGAUUACGUAGUUGGUUGGAUAAAUGGAAACAGCAUGUUUCUUACGAUAAUGUUAUAAAUAAUUCAAAUGUCCAAAACACUACGGAAUAGAUUAUUCUUCAAAAUUUCAAUCAUGAUCUGUUUGAAUAAUAUCCCAAUGAAUGCUUCAAGUAUUAUCCUCUGAGUACUAAUCCUUGGAAUUAAUGGUUGAGACCAAAUCUCGAAGAGGGUACACAUUACAUUGUAAUUUCACAAUAACUUUCGUCAUAUUUUAACCAAUAUUACAGAGGCACUAAUAUUGUCAGAAAUGCCACAGGUAAGGGCAAAGAUAAGAAGGUUGUUGUUAAUUUGUUGAAGGUAUGAAGUAUCUUCUUACUAGAAUAGUUUAAUGCAGUUCUUAUGAUUCCCAACACUGUCAAUCAAAUUGCUUAAGACAAUCUCACAUAAUUGGAGAAGGAAUAUUUACAAGCUGAUGAAAGUGCCAAUCUCCAAGAAUAUUAUGGCACUAUAAUGAAAACAGUUCCCACAUUCAGAGGAAACUAUAGUGGUGUCCGUAUUUGGAGAUACACCAACGAUACAGAUCCUCACAAAGCACUCUUUGCCGAAAUCAAGAAGCAAGUUCAAGAUCUAGAUUUUAAUGAUGACUAGGUCUUUAAUUUUACAGGAUCCCCAAUAUAAAUUUCAUCAGAUAUCACAUUUAAAUCAUUGAAUCUGACAGAAAAAGACAUCCUAGUUAUAGAAGUAUCAUCAUUAUCUUAUGCAGUUCCAACAAGCUAACAGACCAUGGUGUAUCAGACAUCCUACUGUUCCAGUUGAAGGAAAAUGUGAAGGAUGUUGUAAUAUCGCAGUACUUAACUUCCCCUGCGUAUGUAAAAAGGUAUCCUAUUGUACAGAACAAUGCAAAAUCAAUGAUGAGCGAUUUCACCUUUCAAAGUGUGAUCGUCUUGGAUCUGAUGAUGAAUAAGUUAAAUCUUUGAACUAUUCUGAUAAUUCAAUCAAAGGAAUUGCUGGCCUAUCUAAUUUAGGUAACACUUGCUUCAUGAACAGCGGUACCCAAUGUUUAUCGAACACCUUCCCACUAAAAGAAUACUUUAUAUCAAACAAGUAUUUUGAAGAAAUUAAUGAAGAUAAUCCCUUAGGAACUAACGGGUAACUAGUUAGAAAAUUUGGAUCACUUCUCAAAAAGCUCUGGUGUGGUGAUAAAAAUAUUGUAAUUCCAACGAGUUUUAAAAAGGCUGUUGGUCAAUUCUAACCAAUGUUUAAGGGAUAUCAAUAACAUGAUUCAUCAGAAUUAAUAACAUUUUUAUUAGAUGGAUUGCAUGAAGAUUUAAAUAGAGUCAAAAAGAAGCCUUAUGUGGAAUCUAAAGAUUAUCAAGGUAGACCUGAUAAUGAAGUAGCUAAAGAAAGUUGGGAAAACCAUUUGGCCAGAAACCAAUCAAUUAUUGUUGAUUUAAUGCAUGGUCAAUAUAAAUCAACUUUGAAAUGUCCAACGUGUUAACAGAUUUCAAUAACUUUUGAUCCUUUUUUAACUGUUGGAUUGGGUAUACCAAAUAAGAAAUAAAAAUCCAUUUAAAUCAAAGUGAUAAAAUCAGUAGUUUCAAUAGAGACAAAGUUGAUAAAUUUCGAAAGUUCGAAGAAAACCAUUUCUUUACAAAAUUUUAUUUAAGAAUUUGUAGUUGGUGACUUUAAGAUUGAACCUGAUAGUAAAUUGUUGUAUUAUUCGUCUUUUAUGAAUGAUGUAUCAGAGCCAAUUAAUCCUGCAUAAGAAAUCAAUGUAGUGAGAAAGAACUCGAAGAAAGGAUAAUUGGUGGUCAAGGUGAUGAGUUAGGAAGAAAAGGAUAUCACAGCAGGCGAUAGGAUAUAUAUGACUUAUGCUCAAAAAGCAUAUGACUCCUAUGGACAUACAUUUAAAAAAAUAAUUCAGUCAACAACUUACUAAAUAAUAAAAAGAAGUUAAAGCUUAGCAUAGAUUCAUAUCAGUAUAUUUAAGAAUCUGUUGCCUAUAUUCUGCGAUUUUGUGAAGGAGAGUGAAUUGGACACAGAAGAGAAGUUGAAAGAAUUUUAUGAGUAGAACAUUCAUGGAAAAGUAAAUAAACAAAAUUAAUUGUUAGUUUUACACCGUUCAUAAUAAGUAGAAUAUCAUGAUGAUGUCGAGGGAGUGCAUAUUUUGUAAUUCAGAAAAUUGUUAGGAAUGUGUACUGAAUUACGAUGAUAAGGAGACAUUAGAUACGAUCUUUAGGAAUCAUAUGGAAUUUGAUUUGAUGUCAAAGAUAGAAUUAGUAGUGUUUUGGAAUAAGAGUCCAUUUUAGAAUGUUAAUGCUGGGGACAUCUAUCAAUAUUACUCAAAUCAAUAAUAAAGGAAGUAGAUGGAAGGUAUAGAAUAACAAUAUAAAAAAUAGAGAAUAAUAACAACUCACUAAAUGAGAACAAUUAGAAGGGGAGAAUAAUUGGAAAAAAUUAUUCUAUGGGUAUGAUGAAUUCAUAACCGAGAGUUUCACUUCAAGAUUGUUUGAGGUUUUCUGAACAGCCAGAGCAAUUGGCAGAAGAUAAUGCUUGGUAUUGUAAAGUGUGCAAAGAGCAUGUACAGGCUUAUAAGAGUAUGCAGAUUUAUAAGGUAUUGAAGAAUAAAAAUAAGGUAGGCUUCAGACAUUCUGAUUUUCACUUUAAAAAGAUUCAAAGCAUCUCACGGGUUCUUCAAAUAGAAAUUGGAAACAUUUGUAGAGUUCCCAGUUUAAGGUUUGGAUUUGACCGAGUUCAUACUCAAUAAAAAUAAACCUAAUGAGAACUGUCAGAUUUAAGAGGAUUAGAAAAAAUUAAUAUAUGAUUUAUAUGCAGUGUCCAACCAUUUCGGUGGUAUGGGUGGUGGACAUUAUACAGCCUAUGCUAAAAAUCACGUAAGAAAUAUGAUGAUUAUUCAUAGGAAAAUGGGAAGUGGUAUGAUUUUGACGAUUCUCAAGUAAGUGAAAUAAAUGAGGAUCAGAUUGUAUCAUAAAGUGCUUAUGUUUUGUUUUAUAAGCGUAGAACUGAAGAAGAGUAAACUUAAACGUUUAAUACAUAGGAGUUAAAUUGA